GCUUCAGCAGCUCCUCAUCACACGUUGAGACUUAAAGCUCCAACAUGAUCUUGCUGCUCUUCUUGUUCAGUCUGGCUUUGGGUGCUCCUUCUGAGUCUCCUUCUGAUGGCAGUAAAGUCAAGCUACAACUUGAUGACCACAGAGUUAAACUACUUCGUGGAAGCUGUCCCAUGUUCUGGUACAGCUUCAAUGGCCGCUGCUACAAAUAUGUGGCCACACACAUGAGCUGGGCUGAUGCAGAGCUCUACUGUGUGUCACAGCGAGCCAACCUGGUGUCCAUCUACAACGAGGAGGAAGAGGAGUUUGUUAAAUCAUUAAUUAAGAACUUUGAUCAUGCUCAGCGAUACACCUGGAUUGGACUGAGUGACAUCCAUAAAGAAGGCAGAUGGAUGUGGUCUGAUGGUUGUGCAGUGAAUUUCACCCACUGGAAUGUUGGUGAGCCAAACAACGGACUUGGAGGAAAAACUGAACAGUGUGUUCACAGUAUCGGUGACUCAAAGAAGUGGAAUGAUCAGAAAUGUUCUCUCAAUUUACCUUCUGUUUGUGCAACACGGAUAAACUGCCCUUAGAAACUGAACUGUACAUGUAAACCUGCAGUGUUUAUGUUAUCUGUCUUUAUGUGUUUGUGCAAAAGUCACAAAAUUUCACCAGCCUUGAUUUUCAUGAAUCUGGAAUCAACAAUUGGCAUCUGGCAAGGGGAUAUUUACUCAUCACAAAGACUGUUGUUGGCACAUAAGUUAUUAACACUGCUCUAAAUUAAAAGGAAUCAAAAGUUAUAAUGAAAAUUCAUAAUCAGUAACUCCACUGUGUAUCUCUGGGGUUGCAAGGCAUGUGACAAAACAUGUAACCGCAUGCCCUGCAACAGCAUUUACCCCAGUUUUGUCAGGAUCCUGGGUCUCUCAACCCAGCAUUUUGAGUUCCUUGUGUCUUUUGUAUUAUGUUUGAUGUUUAAGGUUCUCUUUGUAUCUCAGUUUAUUCCAUAGUGUCCAGUGUUCUUAGGUUUCCUGUUUUGUCUCUUUAGUUUCCUGUGUAUUUAAUAGGUUUCCCUCUGUGUAGCUGACCCCUGUGUCUCCCUCUGUGUGUCUAAGUGGAUCUAGUGAUGUGAGUAUUGUGUUUUGUUCCCACUCCUUGUGUUCUGUGUUUCCUCAUCCCGUCAUGUGCUCCUCCAUGUUCU